CUACCUGCGUAUGGCAGACAGAGUUGUACGAUUGUACAAUUUUUAUGUGUUGGCUACAUUCAAAGUUGGUAUUUGCUAAGAGCCUGCCAUUUUGUAAGAUAGAAGGGAGAUAAAAAAUAGUUUUAUGGUGUUAAAAUUAUACAAAAACUCUGUUGCCGUUUGUCUUAGGGCUAAAAACAAAUGUUUAAAUGGACGCAUCGUCCAUUAUAACUCAGGUGUCACGGGAUGACGAGCAAUUAAACAAUUAUGGAUCCGACAGAGGGUCAUCCCCUGGCGGCCAACAUAAUGAAGGGGAUGUUACACCGGUGUCGGGGUCAGCACCAUUGGGUAGUAAGAAGUCGAGCGGUGGCGGCGGAUUCCUGCGGUCUCUGCUGUGCUGCUGGCGUGGCGGGCGAGGCAAGGGUCCGCCCGGCAGUAAUGGCGCGAACAGCAUCGAUGGCCGGGCUUCGCCGCUCCCGCAGGAGCGGGGGCUGCUGGUCAUGGACCACACUGCCCCGCGACCGCUAUUACCCCCAGUGAAACACCAGGACAUGCAUAAAAAGUGUAUGGUCAUUGAUCUCGACGAGACAUUAGUUCACAGCUCAUUCAAGCCGAUAAACAACGCGGACUUUGUGGUCCCCGUGGAGAUUGAUGGCGCAGUGCACCAGGUGUACGUCUUGAAGCGGCCGCAUGUCGACGAAUUUCUGCGGCGAUGUGGUGAGCUCUACGAGUGCGUUCUGUUCACCGCAUCGCUCGCUAAAUACGCCGAUCCUGUUGCUGAUCUAUUGGACAGAUGGGGCGUGUUCCGAGCGCGGUUGUUCCGCGACAGUUGCGUCUUCCACCGCGGCAACUACGUCAAGGACUUAAACAGUCUCGGACGCGACCUGCGGCGUGUCGUCAUUGUAGACAACUCGCCCGCCUCCUAUAUAUUCCAUCCGGAUAAUGCUGUACCUGUCGCGUCAUGGUUCGACGACAUGACAGAUUCAGAACUUUUGGACUUGAUACCGUUUUUCGAGAAACUAGCUAAGGUGGACAGUGUAUACACAGUGUUGCGGAACUCGAACCACCCGUACAACCCGACGGCCAACAGCUCGCCCGGCACAUAGCGCGGCGCCCGCGACCCGCGCGGCCCCGGCCCCGCCCCGACCGCCACCUUCCUCCAAACACUCAUCAAGAAAGGAGCGAACUUCGUCUUAAGUGCCAAUUUUGCCUUCUGGAUAGUGAGGACAUUAUUUCUACCUAUUUUACAUUUUAGGUAUUUCUUAGUGCGUAAGUGGUCUGUAUGAUGGAUUUGUGAUGAUAAUUGUUUAUUUAACAUUUCCACUCUCUGGUGAGCUUGCAAACGAAGUGUUCGUAUAUAUUUGGACGUAAUUCUAUCGAUAUUUUUCGGGUUGACUAACGUAUGUUUAACGUGUAUUUAAAAAAUGCAAUCGUCAUUCAUUGAAUUUCAUUUUCAUAAUUAUUAUUCGACAACUUAUAUCGUGCUUGGGAUCAAAUACAAAUAAGUUAGGAUAUUUUUACCGUCGUGGUUGCAGUCUAUGUAUCGCUCAUUUCUGGUGUUUUGUCAGAAUCGAUAGGAGUUGACGAACGUCGUCGCAUCUAUGAUUUGCCUUCGUCUUGGAUGUCUAAUUACUGUAUAUUGAUAGACUUGUAACAUAAUCACGGAUUCUAAAAAUGGACUGGGAUUUAAGCAGUAGUAUCCAGCACUAGUGAAAUGUGUAAAUAUUUUUAUAAGAAAGUAGAGAUGGUCGCCGCUUGAAUCAUGGUUAGAAUAAAUAUGAUUAAUGUACAUACAUUUAUAUUAUACAUAAACAAUCGAAUUGUAAGCGUAUCGCUCGUGGCAGAACAAUAGCACUUAAGGUGAUUUGCGUCGUACUGAUUCCGUGACUCGUGUUACAUACGAACUCUUAAUGCUGUUCUAUUUAUAAGGAUAUCGAUUAUUCAAAUUAUUUAUUUAACAAAAUAUUAUUUUAUAAAAUAUAAUUUACAAUUUGUAUCAUAUUUUUAAGCGAAAAUAAUUAUUAAUAAGUCUUAUUAUAUUGAUUUGUGAAGUAACAAUAAAAUGUAAAGGAAGGCGAGUUGUUGAUUAUUAAGUGGUGAUGUAAUACGGGUCACUUCAAGGUUUGUGCACAUUAGACGGAUCAAGUAUUCCAUUAUCCCACAGUAUGUGUAACAUAUUAUUAACUUUAGUGUGUACAUACCUCUGUUUUCACGGUAUAACUCCCCCCUAAAUAGUUAUUGCAUCGAUGACAAUAAAAAGUCAAUCGCGACAGUGUCAUAUGAGUGUUUUUUUAAUUAUUAUUAUUAAAUAUCAGUAAAAUAUAUAUCGUUGUAUGCUACGCACGGGUGAACGUAGAGACAGAUCAAAUUGGCAUCUAAAUAUAAUCAUUGUUUUUGCUUCUGUGUAGAAGUAUAUUUACUGGCUUAAACCUGAAUUUUGUAAUACAUGAUUUCAACAACGAUUAAAAUGUUAUGUGACCAAGGUUACUUGUGCCUAAAGCUGCUUGGUUACUUAGUUUUGUUUAGUGAACACAACAUUCUCCACAGAGGGCUACUCGAACAGAACAUUAAAUGCUUAGUUUAAAAAUAUUUAAAAUAUAAAUUCGUCAUCUCAGUAUUAACCUAGCUUUGUAGUAUUUGAUGCCAUUUUUACAAAAAAAUCAUAAAAUAAAAACUAAAAUGAAUAUUAUAUGUCUAUGAAUUUUAACAAAAUAUUUUUUAUGAUGGCAAUAUUUUUGUAUGUUAAAUUAUUGGGUGUCGAGUAUUACCAACGUAACGUAGCGACUGCACACGCGAGGCGAAAGUGAUAUUAUGGAACGUGUUCUGACAAAGUUUAUUAUUAAAACGAAUGUUUUUGGAGAAUAAUGUUUUAUUUCAGUUCUAAAUUAGCGUUAAUGUAUCGUGAAAUUGGCUUGCUAGUGCAUUUAUUUUGCAUUGCCGCAGAAGUCCGGUGCAUGUGCGAAGCUCAAUUUAUCCGUCUACCCUAACGUAACGUAAUAAUAUAUCGCAUAUCCUAGCCUCAAGUGUGGUCGGACACUUAACUAAAAAUAUAAAUCAAAAUUGUCUACUGACUUACGUAAGAAUUGAUUAAAUUAGGUAAUACAAAAUGGUGCUUUCAGUAUUAGUUGAUUAAGCAGCUCGAAAUUAUUGACUGUUAAGUAAACUACGCACAUUCGGUUUGUACGAUUGCUAAACGAAACAAUAUUCAUACUGAGAAUAUCAUAAUUGGCGGACAAAAGUAACUUAUAUUAAAAUAUUAAAAACUCCUUGGCAGUUUCAUGCCAUGUAUUUAUUUGUUUUAAUUGCUUAGCAAAACGGUUUUAUUGUUUUUUUUUUGUAUUAUCCUUUCAUAUGGAAAUAUUAUUGUUUUGUAGGAGCUUGUAAAUAAGAUUUUUAUUAACUUAACUGAUUGAAAUUGAUUUUUUUAAGAUAUCAAAUGUAGAUGAUCACUUUCUCUAAAUAUACGCGUUAGUUUGUUAUUUAGUGACUACGAAGGUGUAUGUAUAUACCUUAUACAUAUAUUUAGGUAUAUUUACGCUUAAUGCUAGUUGUAUCUUUGAUAUAAGCAUAUUCACACAGUGCGCUUUUAAUCCACGUCCUUACAGAGGCCAUAUAAGUUAGACGAUUAUAGUCCUCCGAAGCCAAUAGGGAUACUCCUUGUAGUAUUUAUUCAUUCAUUGUUGAAGAAACGGGUGCACAUUAUAGAGAAAUAGUUCAAAGUUUUUAUUAGAUGAUACAUAAUCGUAUAGGUAUCCAUACCGAAGGGAUGAUGAUUAAAAAUUAUUGUAAUGUCUGUGUAGAA